CCGACAGAGCAAUUUGUUUUUCCAUACGAUUUUCCAUACGACUAUCCAUAGAUGAGAAGUUUGAAACUUUAAACCUUCUCGUUGACAUCUGAAAAGCCGGUUCCGUGGAGAGGUUUUCUAUUUUCUCUACAACUAUUUAUAAAUAUAAUAACAUUCUGAUGUUUGUUAUAUUUCUAGAUAUCUCUCUAACAACAAACUGGAACAACUCCCCUCAGCUUUAUUCAACAACAACACGCGCUUACAAUAUCUAUAUAUUAAUAACAACGAAUUGGAACAUCUCCACUCAUCUUCGUUUAGCAACAACGCGCGCCUACUUCAUCUGAGCCUUGUUAAUAACAAGUUGGUACGCCUUCCGUUAUAUUUACUCAGUAACAACACGAAAUUAGAGUCUCUCUACUUGGAUUUCAACAAGUUAUCUUUUCUUCCUGAUGGACUUCUACACAUGAACCACGCCUUGACAAGCAUAUCAAUUGCGUACAACCAACUUGAAUAUCUUCAAAACGACACAUUCUUUUACAAUGCCGAUCUCCAAAUAAUAUAUCUGGCUGGAAAUCGUCUAACACACCUACCAAAUGCGAUCUUCAGGAACUGCCGACGCCUAGUUGAAAUAAUAUUCGAGAAUAACUUGAUUACAAGCUUACCGGAGAAUUUAACUGAUGGCUUAAAUAGCCUACAAAUUAUAAGUUUCCCCAGGAACAAACUAAGCAAAGUGCCAAGUAAAAUUUUUCAAAACAAGCCAAGCCUUAAAAUUGUGUUCCUGGGAAUGAAUAAUCUCUCGAGUAUUCAGAUGAGUGGUAGCAGAAGUAUUAAGUUGCUGCUGAUUCACCAGAACCAACUUGUGUCGCUUGACCGCUCAAUGAUAAGGUCAUUUGGAUGGAAUCUAGAAGCCUUAUGGGCAUCCUACAACAACAUCGAGGAAAUACCUGAUUAUACAUUCAUAAACUCUCUCUACUUUCGAUAUCUUGUACUCAGCAACAACAAAAUUCGAAGAAUAACGACUGCUACAUUCUAUGGAGCCUAUUCACUACAAGUUCUGUAUUUGUCGCACAAUCCUAUUAAUUAUAUUGCUGAUCGAGCACUGCCGAUGGGGUUGAGACACUUAUAUCUGCUCGAAACACAUUUGAAGAUUAUUAGUUGCAGGAUGGCAUGGCUUCCAUUUUUUAGUCUGACGUUCGACACUCUAAAAGAAAGCCCACCCGAGCCGAUAACAAACAUGUUAUAUAUGGAUAUGUCAAGCCGUAAUAGGCUGUACCAAGGAUUUGAAAGCGCGGGCUUCAAAUGCAAUAGAACGGCCCUUUCCUGCACUCCGUGUAUGAUUGGGUAUGACCUGACAUACGGAGACGGCCAUCAGUUCCACUGCCGAGAAUGCCCUGCAGGAGGGUUCUACCAGGACUCGUUAGCAUUUUAUGGUGAUCGUCAUGGGUAUGGUAAUGGCUGUCAGCUGUGUCCAAACGGAACAUUUGUAAGCUUGAAGGUCGCCCCGGGAACAUCCGAGAGGGACUGUCUACCAUGCCCUGAAGGCACAAAAAACGACGAUUUUGCUGGGUUCAGAGCAUGCAUAUGCCAGUCAAACUAUUACCGUCUAGACCGGUUUGACGAGUGUCUUCCAUGUCCUGAAUUUGGUGCGGUCUGUUUCAACGAAUCUAUGACUUUACAAAAUGGUUAUUUCUGGAGCUGGAGAUCAAACGCGGAAAAGGAGCAAUACAUCAACUUCACGAGUCAGCUUCAAAUCUUCAACAACACGUACUCAAGAAAUUUGUCCACAUUUAAUGGAUCUUUCCCUCAGCCACAUCUGUGUCCGCGCGAAGAGUCGUGUCUAGGGGGAAAUGUUAGAGGAACAGCAGGACGAGGACGCAAAGAGAGUCAAGAGAAAAAAGCGCGUCACCAAGUUCUAAUCUUAACUAAUUUUACUUACUACUGCAUCGCACACACCUAUUCAGAUUAAGAGUAUGUAUUUGAUUAGUGAAUUUAUCAUGUGUCGUUUCUCGAAGGGCAUCAUGGGUAUUGAAAAUAACAUCUUAAUUAUUAUAAAGAGAUCUAUAAAGAGAAUUUGAAUUUCAUUUUCGUUUAUGGGUUCAUGCUGUAAGACAAAGCUGCUUUAUGAGAUGUCAUUAAUUUUGUUACUGAUAAGCGCGUCACCAAGUUCUAAUCUCAAUUUAGUUUACUUAUACUGCACCGCACAAACCUAUUAUAAAAGAUUAAGCUUAUGCAUUCAAUUAGUGAAUUUAUCAAGAAAAAUACUUUGAGGCGAAUGGAAAAUGAUACCCAUUUAAUGUAUAUAUCAAUUUUAUGUAAAUCAAUCAAUCAAUCAAUCAAUCAGUCAGUCAGUCAAUAUAAUAAAGUAUGAGUAGGUUUUGAAGGGGUGACUUUUAUAGCGAAAUACUCGACCCAUCCACUGAUCGGCGGCCAUCAGAAAGGAAUCCCACAAAAUGAUAUUUUCAUAUCAUUUACAAUCAUAUAUAAAUGCUUUAAAGGAGCCUUAUGAGGGCGAGAAACCGUAAAGUCUGUUUCACGGAUGGUAGGCAUCAGAAACGGCUUGAACAGGAAUUACUGCACGGUUAUGAAGAAUUUGUUGUAAAAUAAAAAAAAAUAAUAAUUGAAGACCAUAUUGCUAUAUAUGUCCAAAAAGAAUAUAGUAGUCUGCGGUAUCCCGAGUACCCCUAAAUCCAAGAUGGCAGCCGAUUAACCGAUGGAUCUUUUUUUCCGCGAUAAAACACAACUUACUGUCUUCGAGCAGACUAGAAUGUCACAUGACACGUGUAACUUGCCUUACUUCUGAAGAGAAUAGAUUUAACUAGUAGUACAAUCCCGUUUCAGGUCAUUAUUGACCUUUUUGAAAUUUUUAUUCAGAAGUUGUUGCACAUAUAAUCUUAUUGCACAUUGUUAUAUACUCAAUAUUAACAUACCUCGACGGACAAAACCUCUACAAUUGUCAUGAAUAAUGAAAAAAAAAACUCUUGUCCCUUUUGCAUUAUGUCCAGGAAAACUUAAGUUUUUUUAACAACUUCUGUUCUUUACCUAUAUACCUUGAAAUAAACCAAACAUCUUUCUGUC